CCUGAAGGAUAUAUUGAAUUAAUGAAAGAAUGCUGGCAUUCUGAUCCGGAGAAAAGACCAACAGCUACUGAUUUAUUUGGAAAAAUUCAAAAUAUGCUACGGAAUAAAAAUCCAACUGAAAUUAUUGAAUCAUUAGAUAUUGGAUCUGUAACAACAAAUAAUCCAGGUGCCAUUUAUAAGAGUAGACCUUUAAGUAGCAUGAUUAAUUCUGCAAUGUCUUUAAGGAGUUCAAGAAGUCUGUCUAUAAAUUUAGGAACUGGUAAAAGAAAAAUUGAAGACCUAGUUACAGAUAAUAAUGAUGGUCAAUGUAUUAAAAAGGAAAAAUUAUGUGAAAAUGAAAUUAAUGAAUAUCUUACGAACGAAAUUAAAUUUGAUAUUAAUAUGAAUUUUAAUCAAUCCCAUAAACCUCAUAAUAAAGGUAAAUAGUUUAUUGGUGCUUUUAAUAAUAUCUUAGUAAUGCUUUUAUACGUUAUAACCAUUUAUUUUUUAAAUUGAAUAUAGAUUACGUCACUCUGGAAUUUGAACUUGAUAUCGAUUUUAAUAAUCCUUGAA